GUUUUUAUCUCCAACAGCUGAAGGCCGAAAACAUCCGACACCAUGGCUCCGUCGCGACGCUCCUGCUCGCGUUUUUACCGACCCACACGCUAAACAGGCGGUAGGGUUUAUUAAUCAAAGUAUUCACUCUAUUACCUGUAGUUUUUACAAACGGUUUACUCAUGAGUGACUGCUGCCGCUCCGCGUAACGCGCACAAAGCGGAGAUUAUGGAGUGAACGCGCGUCGAGCGGCCGUUAAACCGUCAUAACAAUAACAAUAAACCCGUUAUGGCGCUGUCUGUGAUUCAGGCGUGUCGGAGUCUGGCUCUGUCCACCUGGUUGCUGUCUUUCUGCUUCGUUCAUCUGCUGUGUUUGGACUUUACGGUGGCCGAGAAGGAGGAAUGGUACACGGCGUUCGUUAACAUCACAUACGUGGAUCCGGACACGGCCGAGGUCCGGACCGAGAAAACGGAGUGCGGGCGAUACGGGGAGCAUUCACUCAAACGGGAGGCCAGAGGCGUGCUUGCGAUGCCCGCCGCACCGCACGACAGACAUGCAUGCGACCCGAGCGGCAGAUUCACGCCGCGCGCACACGGUGCCUGGAUCGCGCUCAUCAGCCGCGGAAACUGCACGUACAAGGAUAAAAUCAGACACGCCGUGGGACACAACGCGUCAGCCGUGGUCAUAUUCAAUGUGGGCUCCUCUAACCCCAAUGAGACCAUCACCAUGCCGCAUCAAGGCAUCAGUGACGUGGUGGCCAUCAUGAUCCCGGAGCCCAAGGGCCGAGAGCUGGUGCUGCUGAUGGAGAGGAACAUCACGGUCCACAUGCACAUCACCAUCGGCACACGAAACCUGCAGAAGUACGUCAGCCGCACAUCGGUGGUGUUCGUCUCCAUCUCCUUCAUCAUCCUCAUGAUCAUCUCGCUGGCCUGGCUCGUCUUCUACUACAUCCAGAGGUUCAGAUACGCCAACGCCAGAGAUCGCAACCAGAGGAGGCUUGGAGACGCUGCCAAAAAGGCCAUCAGCCAAUUACAAGUGCGCACCAUCAGGAAAGGAGACCAGGAAACGGAGAGUGACUUUGAUAACUGUGCUGUUUGUAUCGAGGGCUACAAACCUAAUGAUGUUGUCCGAAUUUUGCCCUGCAGGCAUCUGUUUCAUAAAUGCUGCGUGGACCCGUGGCUGGUGGACCACCGGACGUGUCCCAUGUGUAAAAUGAACAUCCUCAAAGCCCUCGGCCUCACGUCGAGUGCCGAGUGUCUGAACGAGCUCCCCUUGGACUAUGAGCUGGCCGUUGGGGGCGUGGCUCUCAACGCAAUGGUGAUGAGUGAUGAUGUCAUGGCAGGGGAUGUGGGCGGUGCCCGUGAUCCCGGGGUCAGGAUGGGGGGUCUCCCUCAGGUCCUCCUCGACUCAGAGCCUCUGUCGCAGGACACGAUGCCAACUGAACAGAGUGAGUUACAGCCAAUAGCCAGUGGGAGUUCAGAUGUCUCCCUGACGACAGGGGCAGGGCAUUCAGAUAUUGACACGCCCACUGAUGACCCAAAGUGCUGAUCUGGCCACGCCCAUAGAUCAAUAGUUUGUCUGAGCGCAGCGACGGGCUGGAAAGAGCUUUAACCUCAGUGGAAGUCUGGCCGAUGUCUCGCGGUUUAACAAACACACUGCCUGUUACUUUCAUUCCUCUCUCUCUCUCUCUCUCUCUCUCUUUCUCUGAAAAGCAGGGUGAACUCUCUUCUUUCUCCCCUUAAGUGUGCACACUACAGUACACACUACAGUUACAUACUUGAGCUAAAGCACUUGGCGGACGUUCGACAAUCAGAUCAUAUCUCUAUCUCUUUCCUACCGUCGCAGUGUUGUUCGCUGCCUGUUUUACCACUGUCUGUGAUCCCGGCGCAGCGCAAAACAAAAAACAAGGUGUUAAAGACUAUUUUGAAUCCCAAAAGAUGUGGUUUAUUUUUUUAUAGAGGAGCGUUUUGAUGUGCUUGAGUUCUGCAGUAUUAAAUACAAACAAAAAAAGAGAGAGAGAGACUGUGUCAGUAUUUAGACGCCUUCCUUUUGGAGAUGUUUUUUUUGUGGGAUUUGGCCCUCACCAAAGACGCCUGGACGGACGUUGUGCGGGACAAAACUGUGGGACUUUCUAGGAAGUGCUCUUUGGAUUGUGUGGAGCAGGUCAUGUGAUGUUUGCUGUGCAUGCCACAUGCCCGAUCCACCUGUGCUUUCAGUGGAGUUCCUUCAAAGGGAUAGUUUACUCUCAAAACAACAUUAUUUACUCAGCCUUGUGUCAUUCAGAUCCCUUUAUUUAAAACAAAAAAAGGUCAACACACUGUAAAUAGCGAUUAGGUAUUUUACUUACUUUAAUAAAGUGAGUAAAUCUGUUGCUUUUAAAGCGGUUAGUUGACUUUACUUUAAUAAAGUGAGUAAAUCUGUUGCUUUUAAAGCGAUUAGUUGACUUUACUUUAAUAAAGUAAGUAAACCUGUUGCUUUAAAAGUGAUUAGUUGACUUUACUUUAAUAAAGUGAGUAAACCU